AUGGCCACACCAUUUAUAGCUGGGGUUGCAGUAGCUGGGGCUGCACUUGCUGGUAGAUACGGAAUCCAAGCAUGGCAAGCAUUCAAGGCAAGGCCUCCAAGGCCCAAAUUCAAGAAAUUCUACGAGGGCGGUUUCCAACCUACCAUGACCAAAAGAGAAGCUGCUCUUAUUCUUGGCAUCAGGGAGAGUGUUCCGGCGGAGAAGGUGAAGGAAGCACACAGGAGAGUGAUGGUUGCAAACCAUCCAGAUGCAGGUGGUAGCCAUUUCUUGGCUUCUAAAAUCAAUGAAGCUAAAGAUGUGUUGCUCGGCAAAACCAAAGGCAGUGGAUCCGCUUUUUGA